AUGGGUCCCAAAAGCGAUUCCACUCGGACAAAAAGUAAAACCAAAAGCAAAAUAAGUGCAUCAGUGUCGACUGAUCCAACAUUACUAAUAGAAUCCAAUGACAGUUUGCAUGCACCACGGUGUGUUAGUUUAUCUAUGGUUUUACAAGGUGCUUCGCAUGUACCAGGAGAAUACCAUUUUUUGGCUUUGUUUAAUGGAUCAACUCUGGUGGAAACAAAAUGGCAGGAUGACGAGACUAUAAUGUCCAUUACUAUGCCGAUUAACAUUAACGACCCACAUGCUCAAACCAUUGUAGCAAAUUCCCCUUUAUUCCUUCUUAUGCGUAUCACUGGAGGAAAAACGUCUAAAGAACCAGAUCCUUUAAUUCAUCCAGAUAACCGUUAUGGUGCUAGUGUAGAUUUAUUUCCACUUCUUUUGGGGGAGCAGAGAAUUUUGGUUACUUCUAACUUAGUCUCAACAUCAACAGGCGAAAUCUCCCCAUAUUCAGUUGUAGUUCGUGCCAUUUCACCAGGGCUUGUAGAUGAAACUAUGGUGCCUUUGACGAUGACUAUGAUCUCAGCUCAUUGCCUGCCAACAGCGAAAGAUGGUACUGUUUAUAUAAGUGCUAUUGGGUUAAAUGGAAUUCACAAACCAAAGGCAAUGCCUUUUAAUAUGUCACUAAGUUCUGCCGGUGCACAGAAAAUUGUAUUCGCAAAUGUUAGCACCGGCGGUCCUGCUGCCGAAACAGCAAUGAACGUUCACACUGACGAUAUAUUCAUGCCAAGUGAUAUAAAAAUUCAAGAGCAUAAAAAUUGUCGACAUUUUUACUGGAACGCUAUGAAACGAGUGUUAGUGGACCCAGAACAAUUGUAUGCUAGACUAUCUUCACCAUUCACACUUGAGGUAGCAGCAGUGCCGAGGUUUGGAAAAGUAGAAGUCCGAGGAAGAUAUUUAGCAUCUGUAGAUGCCAAAGUGCUGUUGGAACCAGGUCAGACAGGAGUAACAAUUUGUUCAAAGCUCAAAUUGUUUACUGAAACUAAUAAAUUUGAAAGUGCCUGUAAUCUUCUAGACCUUCCAGCUUCGAGUGCGAAAGCUAGUGUUCGUGAAGGUGAACAUGAAGUAUUAGACGAAUACGGACAUAAUAGUUAUAUUAUAAUACGAUUCGAUUUAGCUGAGUCUUUAGUACAGAAGAGUAAAUUAGAUAACUUAUAUGACAUAAUGGGAUUUUCUCUGCCUAAAGAUGCUAACAUCCCAAAAGAUCACUCCGAUUCUGACAUUGUAGGUGUCGAUACUAUUGUUGACGCUAGGACCAUAAGCAAAGAAGCAGGUGCUCUAGCUGUCCACAAAGAACUAAGUGCAUUAGCUUGUAAAGGUGUGAUUCAAAUGAACCAGGGCAUAAAGAAAACUGCCGCAAAUCGAUUACUAAUGCGUGUACGAGCAGUGCUCAAAAACUUCCCUCCCGGAAAUUGUUCUUAUCUUGAUUGGCAGGAUACAGUAACUGCUCAGCAUGCCGCAUGUAGACGCGCCGUCACCGCAUCUUUUGCUCCUCAACCUCCACCACUUCGUCUUCCAAGCAAUAUUGCUGCAGCAAGAUGUCGAAUCGCAGGAGAUAAUAGAAUUGCUGAAAUUCAUAACGAAACAAAUUAUAAAAUCAUAGGAAGACACCCAAGAACUUUAAUAACUAAAACAUUACGUUGUAUAGAAGAAGGCAAGAAUGAAGAUGCUAAGAAUUAUUUGCUUGAAGCUUUAAGUGGACAAACUAGAAAUAGGUAUUUAUUGUGGAUGUAUGGAGGCCUACAAUUUGAUGGAAAAGAUGAGGACUUAGUAAUAGCUGGCGCUGCUCUUCGUAUCGCUGUCAAAGGCGAUUAUUCAGAUGGAACUGCCAAUUCAAUUGGUUGGGCGGCUCUACAUGCUUUCCAUCACGUCAAUGGAAAUGAGUAUGCAGCGUUUGUAUGUGCGAAAAAAAUGAGAAAAGCUUUUUCGCUACCCUUGGAAUGGGAUAAAAUUUUAGCUCGAUGGACCGAAACAAGCGGAGAGGAAGAAAUAUAUUGGCUGCCAACUGUCAUAGCAACUGAUAAUCCUAUUUUGAUAGCAGCUGCAUUUUUUCUUUGUCUUCGAUGCUACAGAUUUACGGAAGCAUUAUUACAAUGUGUAGAGUCGGAUUGUGCAAGCAGUGGAAAUUAUACUUUUCAAUGUGAAAUUACUCCUGACGUGUAUUAUUUACGGGCUGCCGCCAUGGUUUUGGAGCGAAAAUUGGAAGCUGCAAUGGAAAUAAUAAGGGAAGGAAUAAAUAAAUUUGGGCCAACACCCGUUAUGUCUCAAAUGCGUGCAACUUGUAUGGCUCGUAUUCGGAACUGGGAUCGUGAUUGUGAGAUAGCAAUCCAUCAAGCAGAAAAUGCAGGAUCUGAAUUGUGUUCUUCGCUUUUGUAUGUUGCAUCUUUGAAGAGCUUUAAACUAAAUCCUAUGGUAGCCUUGCAAAGGGCGGCUCGAGCUCAUAGAGCGGCACCAUCUGGUCAUACUGCUCUUUUGAUUGGUCGUAUCUAUGCAACUAUGGGUAAAGUUUGGCUUGCAGAACGAUGGCUGGCCGCCGCUGUUAACACCGAACCCUUGUUGGCGGAUGGUUGGGCAAUGUUGGCUAUAUUGGCUAUGUACGACUUAGAUUUAAACAAAGCAAGAGUUAUGUUACGUACAGCAAAGCAAGUAGGUCCUCUGAGUCCAGACAUUGAUAAGGAACUAACAAAAGUUAUGGAAUUGGUGGGAUUAGAAAAAAUGUCUGACUUUCUAGUGAAAAAUCUGUGUCUAUGUGAUUAUAUCUAA